GCUUACACAUUUAUUUCACCCAUGGUGGCUAAGGCUAUCGCUUUUUUUUGGUUGCAAGAAAAUGAAUGACGACACAGGCUCCACACAAAGAGCAACAGAAAAAUCAUGUUGGGGCAAUUCAUCACACUGGACAUUACACGCAGAUGGCAAUGCAAACUAAAGAAGAAUUUACGGAAAAGGAUGAAUAAGUACCUCACCUGUACUAGCGCAGGCGAUGGUUUGCGCGUUCUUCUGCAAGACGAGGUUGUAUUUAUCUUCUACGUGUUCUUGCCGAAAAAAAAUUUCAAAAGGAUCUUCAGCGAGGAGGGCGCAAGCAGCUUUGUUUGUUGUUCGCAUUCACAGGUAGGAAGUGCCGGGCUCGCUCCGCCCGGCCCGGCUGUGGCUAACUAUGGGCGGCGGCCGGAUUAUUAUAAUGGGCGUGGACUUCGUCUGCGUGCACUCGAUGCCGGCCUGUCUCGUCGCGGGUGGCUUGCAAGCCUCUGGGCUGAAGCCUCCGGGCUGUCUGAGUUUGCCUCUCACCACUGUGGAGGAGCGCGAGAGCCCGGCGCAGAGCGGGCCAAGAGCGACAGCGCCGGGACUGAUGGCGCGCCAGGGCUGCGCAGUGGAGGCCUACAAGGCAGGGCGCUGGUGUUUGGUUGCGGCCUUUGUCUGCAAAGGCAGAAGCGGCGGUGGGGCGCAUUGGGCCCCGGCCACGCCAAAACCGGGGCGGCGGCCGUCUUUUCAUUGCUGCCGGACCACGGCGCCCACCUUCUGCCCGCGGUCCGGGGCAGAACGUUGGCCCGCCUUUGCCGCGGAAGCGGCUGCGAUGGGGCGGGGAAGGCGCGGUGGCCGAUUUGUCUCGGGCGGUAAUUUUCAACCACAGGCUCCAGCCGCCAGCAGGCCCCUCCUUCGGCGGCUUGCAGGGGGCAGCCCGGUGCAAGUCGCAGGCGCUGAGCGUCGGCGGCAGCCAGGCGCGCAUCCGGGUGAGUUAUUUC